UGAAGGUGCACCUGCCAGACGGCGGGGCCGGCCGCCCUGGUCGGGCGCACGCCUCUCCGCGGCCGGGCCGCCGCGUACGCGCCCCUCCGCAGCCAGGCCGAGGCCUUCGUCCCGAGGGGCCUCCGGCUGGCGGGGGGGGAGCGGCCCAGGCUCGGCGGCGGCGGCAGCAAGGCCCCGAAGUGGACCACGGUGAUGCUGCGCAACGUGCCCCAGUCCUACACGUGCGACUCGCUGAUCGACCUGCUGGAGUCCAUGGGGUUCUCCCCGUGGGUCGACUUCGUCUACGUCCCGGUCAAGCGCACCGAGAUGCUCGGAGUUGGGUAUGCCUUCGCGAACCUGACCACACCGGAGCGAGCGGAGGAGUUCCGACGUGCCUUCGACGGCUUUGAUAAUUGGCCAUCGUCGUUCUCUAAAACGGCGUGCGCGACGCACUGGAGCGUCUGCCAGGGCCUCAAGGAGAACGUCAGGCGCUACCGAAACAGCCCCCUGAUGAGCGAUGACGUACCAGCGUUCUUCAAGCCAGUCCUCUUGAAGAAUGGCGUGCGGAUCCCGUUCCCGCAGCCCACGAAGAAGGUACGUCCGCGCCGCGAGUACAAGGAUCAGCGGUUGGAUAGCGAGGAGUGAGCGGGUAGAGUCACCCUGAUCCGUGUGAGCCUGCCAGCGCUUCUCCAUCUUCCUCCUGCCCUCCUCAUCCUCCUCACCCUCCUC